AUUGGCGCUCUUAAUGAUUCACCAAAUGACUAUGAGUUUCCCGAUUAAUUAGUUUCCUGGCGCGGUUUGCGUGCGUGGGUGUGUAAUAGGAGGGUGUGUCGAUAAUUGGGGUACACAACGUGGAGUAAAUUUACUCCAAAUACAAAAUUCAAUUUGAACCCCCCCUUUUUUUUUAAUGAAAGAAAACUUAACAUACCUCACUUAUCAUAAUAGCAGGCAUUACAUCAUGAGAGUGUGAUUUAGCUCGGCGACAUACUGCGCGGUUCUGAACUGCAGGUGCAAAGCAUGAAGAAAUUAGGUCGUGGUCAGCGAAUGAAAGGGCACGACAGGUAGACUGUCAGCCUGUCACUGUCGUCCUUUUGGCAACAGACCUGUGUGUGGUUUGUCUACCUGAAGCACAGUAAGGGUAGGCACGGUGGCGCAAGAACUACUAUAUAGGAUUUGAUUCGGAUGCUUGAAGCACACUUGAAUAUCGUUUUUGUACGAUUUGGUGUGACCUAUGAUAUAGCCGAAUAUGUUAAUCGGCCUGUUAUAAAUUGUACGAAUCUUUUGAAGGUGUAGUUAAAUGAACAAGGCUCGCAAGAAAACUGCUUUUGAAUCUGACAAUCGUCCACUGGUCUCUUUAGGACACUGGUGUGGUCGUUCGGUCUUUUCCGCCGCCUGACAAAAAGGGGCAGCCGAGGCGAGCCGAGGCGUGCCAGAUUGACACAGAAACACUGCCACGUCGGAGCCCACUGUCUGUGCCAGCAGCACAUCCCGGGCAUCUUCGGUGGCUUAGCGGGAAUGCAGCGGUGACCACACUGGUAUGACUAACAAGGGAUAGGAUAGCAGGCAGAGGUUAAACAGAAGGUCCGAGGCUGUGCUGAAAGCAGGUCAGCAGACUGCGGGCGCAUAUACAUCUUAAAAAGGGGGUGGUGAUGGGGUGGUCUUCGCUGAAUGUCGGGGUGCUGCUGUGCGUCCUGCUGCACGAAUAUGGGGUGCACGGCAUCUCCUUCUAUUUGCCUCCCCGUGCGAGGAAAUGCUUGCGGGAAGAGAUCCGCAGGGAUGUCUUGAUCAUGGGGCAAUACGAGGUCUCGGAAGUGCAAGACGUCGUCACCAAUCUGAAGGUAACGGACAGCGCCGAGCACACCCUGUAUAAGAAAGACGAAGCCCAGAAAGGGAGGUUCGCCUUCUCGACCGAGAACUUUGACGAGUUUGACAUCUGCUUUGAGAGCGUGGUGCCGGCGGGCUUUAAGGGGGUCACCGAACAGCUGGUCGUUCUCAACAUCAAACACGGCACCGAAGCCAAGAACUAUGAAAAAAUUGGCAAGGCGGAGAAGCUAAAGCCUCUGGAGGUGAAGCUGAGACAGAUGGAGGAUCUCUCCGAGUCCAUCGUCAAAGAGCUGGUCUACAUGAAGAGAAAUGCUGAGCACCGCAGCGAUACAAACGAGUCUACCGGUUCCCGGGUGUUUGGGUUCAGCCUCCUCUCCAUGCUGUGUCUGGUCAGCCUGGCUGUCUGGCAGGUGUUAUACCUGCGACGAUUCUUCAAGUCCAAGAGGCUGAUUGAGUGAGGAGGGCCCCCCCCCCCCCCCCUGCGCCGCUGCCCUCACAGCAGCGCACCACAGUCGAGGCAUUGGUAACAGAGAUGGAAAUAAGACUCCCGUUGCAGGUGGCUUGCUGGUCCACUAGUUAACAAAAGGGGCUUGAUAUCUAGAGGUUAAAAUCCCCGCUCAGCCACUGACUCGCUGUGCGUGACCCUGAGCGAGUCACUUACCCGAAGGACGGAGCACAAGGAGGUAAAACCAAGGUCCUUUUGUGCAAGCAGCAGCAGCUGAUGCAGAGUUCACCCCCCUAGUCUCCAGGUUCCAGUUCUCCACCCGAAGUUCUUUGCUACUCGCAGAAGAAAUCCACAGUGCAGGAGUUACUUUAAGAUGUACUUUUUAUUUUAUUUUUUUUAAAUCUAUGUACACGUUAAUAAAAGCCAACCGGUGAGGACAAAGCAGCCGAACCACAUAAAUAAAACAAUUUGAACUGUA